AUGGCCAAGACAAAAGGACGCGCAAAGGCAUUCCAAGAUCCGGAUGAGGAAUUGGUCAAAGAUUACGAUCCUGAAGCCAAUGGGAAGAACGACAAUGACAAUGGAAGCGGCAGUGAGGAUGAACACGCUGGUACAGAACAUUAUGUGACUGUUGGACACAGUAAACUGAGGGAAAAGGAGGGCCUUUCUUUAGGAAAGCAGUACCGCGGGUCUCGAGUUUCGCGCCAUGCCCUAGAACAGAGCAGCGAUGAGGAGGACGAGGAAGAAGAAGAGGAGGACGAGGAAGAAGAAGAGGAGGAGGACGACGACGACGACGCUGAAUACGACGAUCCGGAGACUGCCAAUCUAGAAGCCGAUACUGCGGAAGCUAGCGACUCAGAAAUCAGCAGUGACAAUGCUCUGGCAGAGUCUGAUGACGAGCGAUUGGACGCUUUCGUAUUUCGCGGUAGCUCAAAGCCUAAGAAGUCGCAGAACAAGCGAGCUACUGCGGCGGAUUUCAUGUCUGCUUCUGAGGAAGAACAAGACUCCGAUGAAGCAGAAAAUGAGGAAGAUGAAGAUGAAAACUCUGACGAGGACAUGGACGAUGGUCUUGAUGCAUUGCUGAAUGGUGGAGCCUCCGAUGAGGACGAGGAUGAAGAAGAUGAAGAUGAUGAUGAGGAAGAUGAAGAUGAAGAUGAAGAUGAAGAUGCAACUAAACACACUGCAAAGCCUUCCUUGGACGCCACACCAAACCAGACUGAGGUACAAAAGGGAGUUGCCAUUCAACAACAGAGGAAAAUCUACGACGGGCUGCUCAACAUGCGCAUCCGACUCCAGAAAGCAAUUGUGGCUGCAAACACGUUCACUACUUUGGAUUCAGACUCAAGUUCCGAAGCGGAGGCUUACGAGGCUGCAGAGGAAGCCGCUAUCAAGCUGCUAAACACUAUCAGCGACCUUCGAGAAAACCUGGCUCCACCAACCGCCGCGGGCAGUAAACGCAAGCGAGCAUUGGACAUUGAAUUCUCAAACCAACAAAUUUGGAAGCAGAUUCAAGACGACGAUCAAAGAGCGAUAAAGUUCCGAGAAGACAGGUUAGACAAGUGGUCUCGCAAGGUGCAAAGCGUCACUGUGGCUGCGCCCGCAAGCAGACUCGGCGCAAAGCCCAAGACGCUUAUCAGUGCUUUGCAAGACCAGCUUGCCAAUCCCGAUGGCAGACUUGUCAAGCGCACGCGAGUGCCUCGAUCUUGCGCACCAGUUCAGGCUUCCAAGAAGAUUACCGAGAGCGAAGAUAUCUAUGACGAUGCAGAUUUCUACCAGCUCUUAUUGAAAGAGCUUGUGGAUCAACGCACCGUCGAAUCGGCCGCAGAACAGUCAAGCGCCGUAGCCUCUGUCAUGCUCACCGCCAACAAGGAGGCCAAGACUCGAAAAGUUGUGGACAGGAAGGCAAGCAAAGGACGAAAGCUGCGAUUCACAGUGCACGAAAAACUACAGAAUUUCAUGGCCUCAGAGGACAGAAGAGCUUGGGAGCAGGGUGCAAUUGAUCGCUUCUUCGGCACCUUGUUCGGUCAAAAGAUGGAGUUGAAUGAAGAAGAAAGCGAGGAUGAUGAGAUGGAGGCUCUGUAUAAGCAAGAUGAAGGGCUUCGGUUGUUUAGGUAA